CAUCAUUCACCAAGUCUCGUCUCUCUGCUAAGCCCAAUUCUUUCCACUCACUACAUGCAGUUCAUUCAUGAGACGUUCUACACAGGGCUGACAGGUAAUGCUCAGUUACGCCCACACUUUCUAAUUACAAUUCUACAGGGCUUUGUUGCUAUUCAAUCUGGACAUCAAAUCUAUUGAUGGAAACUUCAUAUACCUAGUAUUGAUGCACUGAGAUGACCAUCAUGGGAAUGGGUCGAACCAACCCACCAGCACGAAGGCAUGUAGGACUAAGCAACAAACAACAACCAAGGCCUCUUUUAUCCAUGGUCCAAAAUCGAAGCACACAUCAACCCAAAGCUGGAUCUGGGGAUGAUAGAUCCCCAGCUCCUACCAAAAUGAAGGAAGCUAGACCUAUCACUGCACCACCUGAGAGUAGUGAUGAGGAGGAAUAUGAUAAGAAGCGAUAUGAAGAUAUAAAGCCAACUAUCUUCACCAAGGCUGAAUCAUCUGCCUCGCCACUUAACAACUCUCAGAGAAGUGUGAAAGAUGAUUCCAAGUCGUCAUCUCAAGAAAUGAGCACAAGAGAGACUCGUCGAGGGGGUGGGCCUUCUAGCUCGGCUGGUUCGAAGAGGUCUGCUGAGGAUCCUUUCCCGGAGAUGGGUGGCCACCUGAAAACUGCGCACGGUUUCACGAAGAAGAGUAAGAUAUCCAACGCUAGACAAGCAACGUACGGUGGUAAGCCAUCUCAAUCAAGAGUCUCACAACAUAAACCAUCAAAGUCAUCCGCUCCACGGUCCGCUGCAUCUACAUCAAUAAAGAAAUUGCAAGGCUCAACAGCUAGCCUGAACUCUGGAAGGGCUCUCACACCCCUGUCAAAGCCCUUUAUUAAGGGGGAAAUCAGUAGCCCAGAAGAGACCAAACCCUCAAAGACCUUCAUCAAUAAGGCUACUUUGCUAAGCUCAAGUCCUCAAAGUGUCAGGGGUUCAUUUCGAUCGAAGAAUUUGCUGGUAGAUGAAUCCCCGAAAAAGGGAAAAUUUAGACUGCUCGAACUAGACGAUGACUCAGAUGCUGUUGCGAAGAAGCCGGUAAAGGACAGUCAGCAAUUAAAGAAGUCCAAAAGAUUCGGCAAGUCCAGGGCCAAAAAGCAAAAGGAGUCGCCGGAGCCCGUAUCAGAGGAGGCCUCUCAGAAGCCAGCUUUCAAGUUAGCUACUUUAGAUGACCUAGAUUUCUCAGAUGGAGGCAACAACGACUUUGCUGCCUCCUUCGAAUCCGUAAUCUCGGAUGACGAAGCUAGUGAUAUAAGCCUGGAAAGUUCAGCUGUUACGGCAAAAUGUCCCAUGUGCCACGAAGUUGUCGACGCCCAGCUUUUAGCCAAGCAUUCCGAUCAUGGCAGGAUGAACAUCAAAAAGCAAGCGGCUUUCUGUAGGUUGCACAAGCGGCAGACGGCGUUGAGUUCUAGGAGCCAGAAUGGAUACCCUAAGAUUGACUGGGGAACUAUCGGCAGACGAUUUGACAAGCAUCAGAAUUUCCUCCGAGAAAUUCUGGAAGGUACUCGACAGUCGCAUUAUACCAAUUCCUUGAAGGAGAAUAUCGAAUCUGGAAAGAAUCGAACGGUGUUAAAGACCGACGAUAGCCUCACGCCAGGCUAUUACGGACCCCGGGGUCUCCGUGCCAUGACGGAGUAUAUCCUUCGGACAUUAUCUCCCGUCAUCCGAAAGCGCGCUAUUGAAGACAGACUUGUUUCUGCUAGAGGUUAUACCGGAUAUGUGCAGGCCGUUUUGGUACCUGAGCUGACAGUGCGUUUGAUCAUGGAAGACAUGGACGUUGACAAGGACGACGCGCGGGAAAUCAUGCAGGACAGCAUUGAAGUCGGAGAGCUCCUGCACGAAGAUGUUGGGGAUAUCAUUGCAGGUGUGAGUGACGAAGAGGACAUAUAGUGAAUCGAACGGCGAGGAAAUGCCUGGGCGACAAACCAACGCAUGCAUCCACCCGAAGAGGCGCACGCGGGGGGCCGUCACGAUGCGGCCUAAUCUUCCGCUGUAUUUAAUAUUAUGAACUCGGAUCAACAUGGAGCACUAUGUACUAGGCAUUCAUGUUAAUAUUUUAACAACUGCUUAGGUGCCCUAGAUAUCUAGGUACCUACUCACCUACAGCAGUUUUUCUAGGCACCAUACCUAUGUAUGUACACAGGUAUGC